AUGUCACACCGGAUCCCGAUUGGCCUGGAUACCCUGGGUGGCCUCAAUCCUUCGUGUAGAGCUUGCAAUGCGCUGACAGCGGCAUGCUGGCGGCUACUGCAACACAGCCGAGAUCGAAUCCCGCUAGCUCGGCUCUCAAGCUUUUGCCUCUUCACUUCCUCAUUUCUGCUUUCUUUGGCAAGCGUCCGCCUGUUCCUCAAGAAGAUUUUGCUGGCCCUUUUGACUAGCUAGAGUAAAGUUAUUGCUGCCUUGCAAUAAGCUUUAAUGCUCUGUCUUUGAGUAUCGGGCACUACAGAUAGAGCCAAACGGCGCACGGUGCUAGCAUGGG